GAAAACAACAUGGAACCGAAGAAGCGUUAAAUGUUUAGUAAAAAUCAAGUAAGAGUGUAGAGUAAAGGGAGAAGCAUUACCACUCCCAAGAACGUUUUGUCUACUUCCGAGGAUGAAUUACAAAUAAAAAAGCCCAAAAAAUCAUCUUCCUUGGGUGAAAAAAUGGAUACUUUAAAAAAACUAGCAGAAAAAUUACAAUUGAAAGGAACUACAAAUAUGUCCGGUGACAAAAAUUCUGCUAAUCCAGUAAUUGUAGCUGGUUCCGAUAAUUCACCAAUACUUCGUGUCUCUCAAGUCACACCAAUCCAUUCGAACCAAAGAAAAAUUGAUAAUUUGUCUCAAGAAAAGGAUAUUGUUGAUGAUUUAAUAGCUGCAGCAAAUUUCGACAAUUCACAAAUGCUUCGCUACUCGGAAAGUGAAAAAUUAAAAUUAAAUGAGAAAAAAGCUGUUAAUUUGUCUAGAGAUGAGAAUUCUUCUGUUGUGGCUGACUUAUUAAUUACAUCCAGUACUGCCAAUGCAUCACUUUUUUCCGACUCUGGUAAAAAAUCUGACAAAUCAAAUAAAAAAAGUUUAGAUAAUACGUCGCAAGUAAGGAAUUCUGAUGGUUCUGAAGAAGUGUUUAAUAAUAAUUUGGGGAAAAACCCACUGUUUGAUUCCAACAUCUCUGAAACUAGCAACAGGAUCGAAACUUUUACCGAUAUCCCAAUCUUAAGCGUUCCUCUAGGAGCAUUUGCAGAGUAUGGUGAAAUUUCUAAACAUCUGCAGGUUCUGGAAGCGAGAGUGGAUGAAAUUCAUCAAAAAAACGAAGAGAUUUUUAAUCAAAAUAAUGAAAUCCUUCAACUAUUAAGGUCACGUUUCAGUACUGAACAACUGGCUAAUAAAUUAUAUCAGCACUUAGAAGGUUUUCCUCUUAGCACUGUAGAGCAGUUCUCUAAUUUGGAAAAACAAGCAAAUAAACAUGAACGACAAAAAGUUCAUGACCAUUUAAUACGAUUAGGUGGUACAAGUUUAAAAGAAUUCCUGAGUUGUGCACUUCGUCAAAUUAUGACCGACGAAUUGGUCUUAAAAUACACUUGGCAGAAGCAAAAAUGUACUGAAAAAUUUGGAGACACGAGGAUUUCUAAUAUUUUAUACCAAGCUGCUGUGAACUGCCCUUUAUUCUCUGGACCAGAUAGUAAGGCGGCGUUUAAAGAAGCUAUGCUGGGGGUAUUAAAAUCUACGAAGCAAAGGUGUCGUAACAAAUUAAAAAAAUUUCCGAAUCACGACUUUGAGAAAAGGGUCGAAAAAGCAAUUGAAGAUAUAAGUGCUAUAUUAGAACCAGAGGCUGGCGAUGGUGGUUCAGAAGCCGAUGCGGAAGAUGAGAAUGAAAGUGGAGAUGAAUCAUCCGAUAUUGAAGAAGACGAGAAUUUUAAUUAAUCAAAAUCAGUGAAACUGAUUUUUAGUGUUUCGUCUAACUCACGCUCUUAAUUAAGCAACCUUUUUAACUUUGUUGAUGUUUUAAGGGAUAAUUACGGUAAAUUUGAGGUUUUUUUCAAAGAUUUUUUUUUAAAGUACAAAAAAUUAUUUGUUACUUAAAUUUUUUUUUAAAUAAAAUAC